AUGAGGAUGAGACGUUCCCGCCGCCUCGCCGCAUUGAUUUGCAGCUUGCCGGCAGUCCGCGUGCUCUCCCCGACCUCCCCGACCAAGUCUGUGUUUUUGCGGGCCUUCGCCAUGACAGAUGCUGGGGCCAGUCCCAUGUGGGAGUCCAUGUGGUCCAAGGGUCUCAAGCCCAAGGAGGCUUUUGACUGUGGCGAGGCUUCCCCAACAUUGACAGAGGUCCUGAGUCGCAAGUCAUUUGGUGAUUGUACAGGCAAACGGGCUCUUGUUCCUGGCUGUGGCCGUGCCUAUGACGCCAUUGCUCUUGCAGAGCAUGGUUUCGACAGUGUUGUCGCCAUUGACUUGGCACCUACAGCUGUUGAUGCUGCAAAGGAGUUCCUUAAGGCUUCCAGCAGCCCUGCCGCUGCUAGAGUCGAGGUGGCGUGUGCAGACUUCUUCAAGUUCGAGCUGGAGCCCAAAGCGGAUGUGAUUUGGGACUCCCAGCUGCUCCGGUUUAGGGUUUAG